AUGUCAGUGACUUCAUCAUCUGUAUCAGAUAUUCCAUCAUCACUAUCAUCUUCAUCGAAAGACUCUUCAACGGAGCAUCUCGCCGUUAGCAUUGGCGAGAUUGCCCUAGCCUACGUGGAGCAUCUCGCUCCUGCUCCUAGCGGGACUGCUGCUACGUGGAGCAUCUCGCUCCUGCUCUUGGCGGGACUGGGGAAUCGCUUCUCCUACUGGCGUUUUUCUUUGGUUGACAAGUUUCUUUUGGGGUUUGCUUUUCCUUCAUUGUUGGGUUUGACUGUGAGAAGAAAAGUUUGGUUUAGCUCUGGUGUUCGAUUGGUUGUGAGAACAAAAGUUAAUUUUAGUUUUGCUGAGUUUGAUCGGGAGAAGCUAAGGGUUUGCGAUUAUAAAGUUAUGGCACGUGUUGCUGACAAAAUAAAAUUGAUAGAUGGAUCAUGGGAAGCUCUUAAGCUUUCUGUAAGGAUUACUGAUCUUUGGUUCAUUGGGAUUCCCGGAAAGACUGAACAAGCCGAAAUGGUGGUUGUUGAUUCUGAUGGAGACGAAAUCCAUGUUGUUUGCAAGAAGGAUCAGCUGAAGUCUCGCAAGGCUGAUUUGAAAGAAAAUUUGACUUAUGUGAUGCAUAAUUUUAAAGUUAUCAAGAAUGAUGGGAAAUUCAGAGUUUGUGAUCAUGAAUAUAAAUUAUGUUUUACUGGAGUUACUGUUGUUAGGCAAUGUGAUAUGGAACAGUUACCUUUUAGGAAAUUCAGAUUUGUUGCUUUUUCCAGUGUCAUUGCUGGUCAUUUUAAAAUUGGACUCUUGGUUGAUGUUAUUGGCGUGGUUGAUGAAGUGGUAUUCCGAUAUGUGUCAUCCAAAAAUACGAGGGUUGUUUCGAAUUUAAAGGAUUUGAGUGGACAAGUGCUAUCCUUUACACUCUGGGAAAAUUACUGCUUACAGUUUUUGUCUUAUUUGAAUGAUAUUGAAGAUGAAAGGCCAAUCGUUAUUCUCUUGACUCAUGCUAGGAUUAAGGAAGCACAGGAUUUAGGGAUCGAGGUUAGAUCAAUUUUGACGCCUAUUGGACAAGGGAGUUCACAGGUUUCAGGGUCAUCUCAAUUAUCAUCAAAAGAUGUGUUUCUGUCAAAGACUGAAGAGUUUGUUUGUGUUACUGUUGCCAAGAUCACAACCAUAGUGAUGGACAACUAUUCAUGGUGCUAUCCGGCUUGUGGUCAAUGUUAUAAAAAAACUGACAUGCAAACUGUGCCGUUCACAUGUCCGUGUGGCAAAGAGAAUGAUCAACCUGUACUGAGGUAUCGGGUUGAGGUGAUGGUUAAUCACAAGGGUGAAAAAACCAAAUUUUUGAUCUGGGAUCGUGAAUGUGUACAGUUAAUUGGUCAGUCAACGGAUGAAGUCAACAGGCUCAAAAUAGAAGAUGGGGAUGUUGAUUUAAAUGCCUCUCCUCAAGCACUAGAUAGGCUAUUGGGUUGUUUCCUUGCAUUCAAAGUGAAGGUGCAACCAAGGUUCAGGAAUUCUGUUGUUCUUAAAUAUUCAGAUGAAUCAGACUUGAUCAAUAUUGAGCUAGAUAUGAUUCCUGAUAGUGAGCAAUCUCUGUCUAUUACUGCUGAUCAUGGUCGGUCAAGGCUUGGCUCCAGUGAGCCUACAGAGUUUGAAUCUCAAUCAGUGUCUGUUACCGGGGAUCAUGACCCUCUUCUCAGGAUUCCAUUGACACCAACUAAGCGUGUAUCUUUUGAUGAGUUGGAUAAUGAGCGAAAAAACUUUCAGAUUUCACCUGCUGAAGUUUCCUCGAACAAAUUAGCUAAGCUUUCUCAGCCUGAAUGA